AUGGCGUUAAUGGAGUUUCAGAAUGGUCUCUGUCAAAGCAUGGAGAACGAGGUGGAAGGGAUUCAAAAUGAUUUAGAUAUAGUGGAUGAUAGAGCUGUAGUGUACGAAGGAAUGAAUAGUGACAGCGAAGAGGACUUCGAAGCCACUUAUGAAGCCAGCGACGAAGACAAGGAUGGUGAUGUAGGAGUUGAGGCAGCAGCGGAGAAUGUAGUGGUUCAUCCCUCGAGCAGUCAACCGAUGAACGUUCCACCGUUCAUGCGUGAUUUAGAUCUCGACACCAUACAUUCACCGGAAUUUCCCGAAUAUGCAAACAUAGGCGUUGCUGAUCUUGAGGACGGAGAGUUCCGGAUUGGAAUGGAAUACAGUUCUAGAAAGUCGGUCGUCGCAAUAAUUAGAAGUUACACUAUCUCUAGAGAAGUUGACUACAAUGUGUAUGAGUCUGAGUCACAUACGUUCUAUGCAAAAUGCAAGAUGUUUGGGAGUGGGUGCGACUGGCUUAUCCAAGCUAGCUUGAUACGGAAAAAAAGUUGUUGGGAGAUAUACAGAUACAACGGUAGGCACACGUGCACAAUGGGAAUGAUUUCACAUGAUCAUUUCAAGUUGGACUCGGAUACAGUUGCUGAGGCUAUAAGGUCAUUAGUCAAGACUGACCCGUCCAUCAAGGUGAAAUCUAUAAUAGCGGAAGUCCAGUCAAGGUUCAACUAUACCAUCAGUGACCGAAAGGCUUGGUUGGCAAAGCAGAAGUCCAUAGCCAAAGUUUUCGGUGGUUGGGAGGAUUCUUACCAAGUUUUGCCAUGGUGGCUCACAGUCAUAGUUCAGAAGAUGCCUGGUUCAAUUGUCCAAAUAGAAACACAACCGUUGUACAACGGGAAUGAGGAGGCGCACAGUGUAAAAAUACUUCAUCGUGUAUUUUGGAGUUUCAAUCCAUGCAUUAGGGCGUUCAGGCAUUGCAAGCCCCUAGUUCAGGUUUAUGGCACACACCUAUAUAAAAAAUACAAAGGUACACUUCUGGUUGCUGUUGCACAAGAUGGAAACCAGAACAUUGUGCCUACCGCUUUUGCCUUGGUGGAAAGGGAGACAACUGAUGCGUGA